AUGAUAUUUUCAAACCCAAUCAAUAAAUACUAUUCCCAUGCUUUAUCUGUUUCUUUUUCUUCCUUACCCAAAUCUCCUCUUCAUGCCCUUCAUGAACCGAACUGGAAGUUAGCUAUGCAAGAGGAAUUUGAUGCCUUAAUUGAGAAUCACACUUGGGAUCUGGUACCUCGUCCUCCUAAUGCUAAUAUCAUUCGAUCUUUGUGGGUAUUUCGUGUCAAGACCAAGUCCGAUGGUUCUUUUGAGCGCUAUAUAGCGCGUCUUGUUGGUGAUGGUAAAUCUGAAAGGGAAGGCAUUGACUGUGAUGAAACUUUUUAG